AGCCACGGGGGCUCGAGAGCACGCGCCUGCGCGCAGGGGCCCUUCGAUGGAGGGCCGAGAGGGGGAUCCCGCAGAGGAUGGAAGUGCCAAGCGGGCCAGGAAGACGAUAACCCUCACGGAGGAGGAGCUGCAGGCCAGGGUGCAGGCCGCGCUGCUGGAUGCCGCCAGGAGGCCAGUGCCUCCGGCGCUGCAGGAGACCUUCACCCCGAACGACCCAGUGCACGGGUUGAUGCACCUUCCCGCCAUCGUGAAGGCGGUGGUGGACACGAACAUCUUUCAGCGGAUGAGGCAGAUCAAGCAGCUGGGCAUCUGCCACUACGUGUACCCCGGAGCCGUGCACACGCGCUUCUUCCACAGCAUCGGCACGGCUUUCUUGGCCCUCCUCAUCAAGGGCCUGCGGCACCGGCAGCCGGAGCUCGGCGUGACCGACCGCGAGGCCGUCUGCGUGCUGCUGGCGGCCCUGUGCCACGAUUCGGGAGGGCCGAAGAGCACACUGGCACAUAAAGCCUACGA